AGAAAACAAUUUAGUUCUCUGUGAAGAAUGUAAUAACUCGUAGUAAACACAUUUUUAAUAAAAAAAAUAUUAUUGUGGUGAGCAUUUUGAGAAAUAUUAGUGAACGUGCCUAUAAUUAGCACAUUUUUUUAAAACCAAAACUACAAACGAAGUUACACACGUUUCAACUGAUUACUUCACUGAAAACUUCUUGGACACAAAAUUUAAAACAACCACAUAUUUGGAACAAAGCAUCUUAAUUUUGUCACAGAACUGUUUUACCUUUAUAUUUUACUCUAUGCACUCCUGUCAAUGAAAAUUCCUGUAAACUGCCUAUCCAAGUACUAAAAACACUAGUCCAGCUUUCCCCUCAAUACUGGACUGGUUUCUGGUAAUUCCAUAUUGUCUUACCUCAUAUCCGAUACAUUGGUAAAAAAAAUCAAAACAUACAAUGUCGGAUAUUUUUACAAAUUUCGAUAGCAACGGCGCUUACGACGACUCGCAGGACUUCAUUAUGGCAUCUCCCUCUCAAAGUAGUCCUUUGACAAACUCUAAUUCUGUUGGAAGUACUUCUAUUAAUAAUGCGGCAAGUGGUGGCAGCGGUAGCACACAAAAUGCGAAUUCUGGAAAUUCAGUUACUAAUGGAACAGCUGGUGGCAGUGGGGGUGGUGGAGGAAAGACAAGUGGAGGAACGGAAAAUCAACCCAUUUUAACGAAACCGCGAUUACUUGAACUAGUGCGUGAAGUUGAUGUCACCGCACAACUUGAUGAAGAUGUUGAAGAACUCUUGCUACAAAUUGCAGAUGAUUUUGUGGAGGACGCAGUAAAGGCAACUUGUGCGUUUGCGAAACACAGAAAGGUUUCAAAAGUGGAAGUGCGUGAUGUUCAACUACAUUUAGAACGAAAAUGGAACAUGUGGAUACCUGGAUUCGGUACAGAUGAGUUGCGGCCCUAUAAACGUGCAGCUAUUACAGAGGCACAUAAACAACGAUUAGCACUUAUACGUAAAACAAUUAAAAAGUAUUAAAAUGAGUGUUGAACUUUUCAAUCUUUAUUUAAAUACAUAAAAUAGUUUUU